AUGGCGGACACGAAGCUGAAGAUCCUUCUACUUGCUCUUCUCUACUUGUUCUCUUCCAUUUCUUGUGAGAAGCACUGUUUCACUUUCUGGACAACCUAUCCCGACAAUUCCCUCUUAGGUCUUGGGAUUCCUGAGGGUCACCCAAAAUCGAACACCGAACUGGCUCGCAUGAUAGGUCAAGAUGGUGAGAUGACCACCUCCUGUAUCUCCCAGAAACUCGGUAACGCAGGCUAUACUUGGUAUGUCACUUCACGUAUGGAAGUUGACCUCGUGAACAGCAAGUACAAAUCCUUCAAGAUGAUCAGACACGUCUAUGACGUUGAAGAGAACAAGGACGGUUCUCAACCACCACGAAAGCGUUAUGGAGCCAAUAAUCCAACCAAGAAAUCGACUCGAUUAAGGAGGAGAGGAUUUACGAAACAGGAUGAUGCACCAAGACAGCUCAAGUUCCUCUCCCUGCCAGAGAGUGCGCACAACGAUUUGGAUAGCGCCACUCAGUUUGUGUACGACGAGACUGCUGGCAAAGGUGUUCGAAUCUACUUUGUGGACGGCGGCAUCAACCCCGACUCGGAUGCCUGGAAGAGUUCCGACGAACCCAACGGCCGCGAAAUCGGUUGGAUCUUCGCCGAACCCUUCUCUGCGCAUAGGAAAGAAGACUUGGCUGGUAGAGGACCCGUUGACGGUCAUGGAUCUUGCACGGCAGAUCUUGCUGCUGGUGCAAUCAAUGGAGUUGCGAAGAGAGCCGAUAUUACAGCGGUACAGACGAAUGUCUUCACGGACACCUUCCUGGAGGCCCUAGAUCUCGAAAUCAGCCUCGAUGGUAUGGCCCAAAUUUACGACGAGGUCGUCUCGAGGAAAUACAAUGACAAAGCGGUCGUUCUGCUUCCGUUCGCCUGGGGCGGUGGAGGAGAUGGUGAUGUUCACUGGGAAGCAUUCCAGGACGCAUUCUUCAAGGUUACCGAGGCCCUCCUGAAGAAAGGCGUCGCAGUUAUUACAGGCGUUCCGAACGGAGACGAAGUCUGCGAAGGACCACCAUGUAUCUGGGGCAAACCAGGAAAUGACCCCUAUCUGCCUGACUUGAUCACGGUUGGCGACGCCGACAUCAACGAUGGAAGUCACAUCUUCGAUCCAGAAUACCGUGACGACUGGGUGACGAUACAUGGUCCAGGCGAUGAUCGCAAGCGAGACGCCAACGGCAAAGAUACAGGGUUCCAGUGUGCAGCACGAACAGGCGAGGGCAACAACGAGGACGUUAUUCAGCACGGAACUUCUCAUGCUUCUGCUCUUAUCGCCGGUCUGAUGGCGUAUAUUAAAGGACACGGCUUCGGCCCUAAAGAGGCUCGACAGAAGUUGCUCGAGCUUGCCUAUAAGCGACAUCCCAAUGGUCCUAAAAUGCCGUGGAAUGGUGUCAUUCCUUGA